AUGGAUGGUGACAAGCAGGACACCUGGAUCAAGAUUGAUCCUGUCAAGCUGGCAGAAGAUGCCCAGCGAAAAGAGGCCAAGCGCCUGCGCAUGCUCGAGCACCGCGCCAAGCGAGCCGAGGAACGCAAGGAGAAGCGGUCGCUUAAGGCCGCUGCAAAGCGAGAGCGCAAGCAGAACACCAAGCGCGCCACCAAGUGGACCGAGGAACGCAAGGCAGACGAGAAGCUCAAGAAGCAGAUCACCAAGCCGCACAAGGAGGAGAGGCGUUUCAGGAAGAUGCUCGAUCGCGCAGAGAGACUCGAGACCCAGGCCCGCAAGAUGAUGAAGGAGGCUCAACUGGCCAGAGCUCGCUACAACGUCUUGAAGACACAGAGAGAGAAGGCUGCAGCCGACAGCCAGCAGCAGCUCGAUGAGCUCAUGGCUGACACUCCCGAGAACGACAAUUACAUUGCCCUCGAGGGGAGCAACUCGGCUGCCACCUCGGCGCAGCCCGCUCAGGGCGCCGUUAAAGAUGUCGCCAUGACCAAUGUCGAUCGCGAAGCAUCAGACAGCGACUCGUCCUCGUCUUCGUCCUCAUCUUCCGAUUCCGACUCCGACCCCGACUCCAGCUCCGAUUCGUCUGACGAUGGAGCCCCCAUUCGGCCUGCCGAUGAGCCCGUGGUCGAGGUCACCGAGACAGUUACCAUCGAGGCUACGCAAGAUGAGCCCGUGAUUGAGAUCGCCGAGGUCGAGGAGACCAAGGAGAAGAAAAAGAAGGCAAAGAAGUCGAAAAAGUCAAAGCCAGACGAGCCGGCUAGCGACAAAACCCUUGAGACUACCGAGAACGCAGAGGAGGCAAUCAUCGAGGAGGUUGACGACAAGAAGAAGAAGAAGAGCAAGAAGUCCAAGAAAUCGAAAUCUGACGACAACGAAGACGACGAAGAUGCGGCAGAGGUAGACACCGACAAGAAGACCAAGGCUGACAAGAAGCGCAAGCGAGAGGCUGAAGCUCCCGCACCGGAAGACGUAGACGACGUAUCCAAGGAGAGGAAACAGAAGAAGAAGAACAAGAAGUCCAAGAAGUCGACUGAUGGCGAGGAACCUCUUGCCCAGGAGGCCAGCAACGUCGAGGAAGAGAAGACCGACGCUGCGGAGAACUGGAACGCCUCGGCUCUAGGUGGCGGUUCUGCGCGACAGGACAAGUUUAUGAGACUUCUGGGUGCCAAGAAGGCCGGCAACGCCAGUGCCGCUGCUUCAGGCACUUCUCACAGCACAUCGCGACAAGACAUCUACAGCAUGCAAGAUGAUCUGGAACGCCAAUUCCAGCAGGGCAUGAAGAAAAAGGAGCUCGGCGGCAAGCGAGGUCUCGGUGCUUGA